AUGAAUAUAUAUAUCAACAAUAUCAUCACGUUGAAAACCAACAAGGUAGUGUUUAUAAUGGGGGCCACAAGAACGGGAAAAUCUCGUCUCUUUGUUGACCUCGCAACCCAUUUUUCAUCAGAAAUCAUCAACUCAGAUAAAAUGCAAGUUUACAAGGGACUUGACAUUGUCACCAACAAGAUAAAAGACUAUGAAAAAGAAGAUCCUAAUUUCACUGCUGAGGAUUUCUGUGCUCAAUCCAUUUGCUACAUAGAGAAAAUUAUAAGAGGUGUAUAUGUUCCAAUCGUCGUUGACGUUGACGUAUCUACAUUGGACCCUUUUCUUCGCAAAAGGGUUGAUCAUAUGGUCCAAACAGGACUAGUGGAUGAGGUACAGGAAAUAUUUUCUCUAGAAGCAGAUUACAAUAAAGAAAUCUGACGAUCCAUUGGUGUCCCUUAGAUGGAAAAAUACUUUAGAGAAGAAAAUAAGUUUGAUGCAUGUGAAGAAUCGACAAAGAAGAUUCUUCUUGAAUCUGCUUUCGAAGAAAUUAAAGUUAAUACUUACAACUUAGUUCGUCGCCAACUUGAGAAUAUUCGACGAUUCAUGAACGAGAAAAUGUAG